AUGCACUGUAAAUUUAACAGGUUUGGUUUUCAUUCUCGAAGUAUUUAUAGUGUUCUAAUUCGUAAUAGGCCUAGUUUUGAAUAUAUAACGGGUUGUUGUAGAAACCCUUUGGUCUAUAAUGGAUUUACUCCAAAAUACUCAUCCAAAAACCAAAACCCUGAAGAUUUACACUUGAAAGGAGAUUACUUUUACGGAGAGUAUGGGCAAAGUAAUCAUUUUGGUGAUUCUAGAGAUGGGUCUUUUAGGGCCGAGGAAUUAGGCUGGAAAAAGAGUUGUAAUAUUAGUGCUAGCUUUGAUGUAGAGGAGAAUGGUGAUGAUGGGAGUGAUAUUGAAGAUUUAGAUGAAGAAGGGGAAAGUGACGAUAUUGAUGAUUUUCCAAUUCUGGAUUUACAUGGUAGGAACAGGAACCGAAAUCAUAACCAAGAGAAUGCGAGAAGAGUUGGUGAUAGUAAUGUUGAAGAUGAAUUAAGACAUCCUCUGGUCAAGGAAGUAUGCAAGAUGAUUGAUUGCAGGUCGGCAUGGACUCCGAAAUUAGAAUGGCAAUUGAGGACACUGUUGAGAAGUUUGAAGCCAGUGCAAGUUUGUGCUGUGCUAAAAUCUCAGUCUGAUGAAAGGAAUGCUCUACAAUUCUUUUACUGGGCUGAUAGGCAAUGGCGAUAUCGACAUGAUGAGGCUGUGUAUUAUACUAUGCUUGAAGUUCUUAGUAAGACCAAGUUAUGCCAAGGAGCUAAGAGAGUUCUAAAGCUUAUGGCUCGGAGAAGGAUUGAACGAACACCUGAGGCUUUUGGUUAUGUCAUGGUUUCAUUUAGUCGAGCAGGACAUUUGAGAAAGGCAUUGCAGAUAUUGACUUUGAUGCAAAAGGCAGGGGUUGGACCUGAUUUGACGAUAUGUAACACCACCGUUUAUGUUUUGGUGAAGGCGAAUAAAAUGGAGAAGGCCUUAAGAUUUUUGAAAAGAAUGGAAAUUGUUGGGAUCAUGCCGAAUGUUAUCUCAUAUAACUGUUUGAUCAAGGGAUAUUGUGACUCGGACCAACUUGAGUGUGCAUUACAGCUGAUCGCUGAAAUGCCAUCAAAAAGUUGUCCACCAGAUAAGGUCAGCUAUAGCACUGUGAUUGCAUUUCUUUGCAAGAACAAGAGAAUCAAUGAGAUAAAAGAAUUGAUGAAGAAUAUGUGGGAGGAUAGCAAAUUAAUUCCUGAUCCGGUAACCUAUAGGACCCUCGUCCAUACGCUUUCCAAGCAUGGCCAUGCAGAUGAAGCUCUGAGAUUUAUCAGGGAAGCAGGAGAGAAAGGAUACCGUGUUGAUAAAGUUGAGUAUAGUGCAGUAAUUGAUUCCUUCUGCCAAGAGGGGAAGAUGGAUAGAGCGAAAGAACUUCUCAACGAAAUGUUUGCCAAGGGGUGCAAUCCUGAUGUUGUGACGUACACGGCUGUCAUGAAUGGAUUUUGCCAUGUAGGAGAGGUUGAUAAAGCUAAAAAAUUGCUCCAGGAGAUGUACAGACGUGGGUUUAAGCCAAAUACAGUAUCUUACACGGCUUUGCUGAAUGGGCUUUGCAAAGUUGGGAAGUCAUCUGAAGCGAGAGAGAUGAUGAAUGCAAGUGAGGACGGGUGGUGGGCACCCAAUGUAAUCACUUACAGUGUUCUGAUGCAUGGAUAUCGUAGAGAAGGGAAGCUGUUGGAGGCCUGUAAUAUUGUGAGGGAAAUGAUCAAGAAGGGGUUUUUCCCAACUCCGGUGGACAUUAAUUUGAUAAUUCAGUCUCUUUGUCAAUCAGGCAAAACAGAAACAGCCAAGAAAUUUAUGGAGGAGUGUCUUCACAAAGGAUGCGCCAUAAAUGUAGUAAAUUUUAGUACUGUAAUACAUGGAUUCUGUCAAAAGGAUGACCUGGAUGCUGCUCUUUCGGUCCUUGAUGACAUGUAUUUGAACAACAAACACCCAGAUGCUGUCACCUAUACUACUGUUAUCGAUGCAUUGGGACGAAAAGGUCGAAUAGACGAGGCAACUAAACUGGCAGAAAAGAUGCUUCACAGCGGCCUGCUUCCUACGCCUGUGACAUACCGUGCAAUCAUUCACAGGUACUGUGAGCAGGGUAGGGUGGAUGAUUUACUGAAAUUGUUAUCAAAGAUGCUCCAGAGACAGGAGUACAGAACUGUCUAUAAUCAGGUUAUCAAUAAACUCUGCUCCUUGGGAAACCUUGAUCAAGCAUAUAAACUAUUGGGGAAGGUCCUUAGAACAGCUUCUAAAAUUGAUGCGCGUACCUGCAAUAUUCUCCUGGAGAGUUAUUUGAGAAAAGGGGAUUCUUUCUCAUCAUACAAAGUGGCUUGCCGAAUGUUUAAGCGGAAUCUUAUACCCGAUCUUAAAUUAUGUGAGGAAGUGAGCAAAAGAUUGAUCUUAGAUGGACAGGGUGAGGAAGCAGAUAGACUUAUGCUGAUGUUUGUGGAACGUGGGUGUUUCUCACGUAACUCCAGGUUGAACAGUGCAGUUACAUUGCCAGAUUACACCAAGUUGUCCUUCUUGGAGACAAAAUUCAAUAUCGGCGGUUGUGGUGGUGGCUUUCGUAAUGGUACCUUGAGGGUAAAUUCCUCUUUACAGGAGCUUGAGGUGAAAUACUCGCCGCUCUCUCUCUUUGCCGAGCGUUUUUAUCCAUCCAUCUCUAGAGCCAGGCGGCGAGAAGCACUUGAUGAUGACUCCAUGGGCCGCGGCGACUGCUGCGGCUCGUGCAAAUAUCAGCUCUCGAAACUUUACAACGUCAAGGAAGAUAAAGUGCACAGCAGCCGUGAAUUCAAAGUUCCUCUGAAACGCAAUGAUAUUUACGUAGGUUCCUCUCAUGGUUGGUUGAUCGAUAUCGGCUAUCCUUGCUAUUCAAUUCAGCUUUUCAAUCCCUUCACCGGAAAGAACAUCAUAAUGCCUUGCACUGUUAAUAAUCCCCAGCCGGCCCUCUACAAAAGGGUAGUUUUGUCUUGCGAUCCUACAACAAAUCCGAAUGAUUUUGUCGUCGCUGCAAUUGGCCCCUUUCGACAUGAUGAUGGACUUGCUUCCGGCUUAGGCCUGAGAAAACAAGGCCAACUGUCUUGGGUAGUUUACCGUGAUAAACUGUUCUCGGACAUCAUAUUUCACAAUGGAUUAUUGUAUGCGGUGGAGUUGAACAGUCGGCUUGUUACGUUUGACUACAAAAGUUGUGAUCUUGAAGAUCACCAGUUUUUUCCCAUGGUUGAGAUUGUACACGGUGAGGAUGAUUCCGAACAUUCUUAUUGUUGUUUGGUGGAAGCUUCCGAUGGAGGCUUAUUAUUGGUUAAAAGAUAUAUCAGUCCUUUGAAAUUUAAAGUCUUUAAACUGGCCAAUACCAAGGAAAAGAGGUACUCAUGUUGUGGCGAUGAAGAAUUCAGUUGGGUAGAAACACUCAAGUUGGAAGACAAUCAUUCCAUAUUUCUUACUGAACGUGGUGAUGCAGUUACAUCUUCCUCUUGUGCUUCCAAUUUCAACCGCCAAAAUUGCAUAUAUUUUGAACACACUUUCCAUGUUUGGGGGUGCGGGAAUGUGAACCGUAAAGAGAUUGGUGUGUUUCAUUUGAGUGAUGAGACAUUUACUACAGUACUCCCAAGGUUUCAAGGUGAUGAAGAUUGUUCUUUACCUUUGAUUUGGUUAACACCUACCUUAUGCUGA